CCGGCGAGGGCGCCGGAGCCACGGGGAAGCGGCGGGGCGCGGAGAGGCGAGCGUACCGGGACUUGGACGGCGCGGCGCGGGCCUCGGCGAGCACCUUGAGCUCCCUCCGUUUUGGUAGCUCAACUUCGGGUCCCGGGCGAGAGACUCCAGGGAGCGCUUUCUCGUGGAGCCCCCGGAGCCUCAGGGAGCGCCGAGGGGGCGCGUCGGAGCCUGGCUCCGGAGCGGGGCGCCGGGCACCCACCGUGCUCCGAGCGCCGGGCGGCCCUCCGCGCAGCGUGGCUGCCGCUGCCCUCACGGAGGGCACGGGCUGGCGCGGCCGGGCGCCGGGGAGGACGGCGAGGCGGCGACGGCGGCGGCGGAGACGGCGGCGGCGAGGCUGGGGCCAGGGAGAGAGCCCCGGGGGAGAGGCGCCCGAGCCGGGCCGCGGGAGCAUGUGGACCCGGAGCGGGGCGCGGGGUGCGCUGCUGCUGGCGCUGCUGCUCUGCUGUGAACCAACGCUGAGCCAAGCAGGCUCUGACUCUGGUGGUGUGGUACUCCCGGACUCCUUCCCCUCCGUGCCAGCGGAUCCACUUCCGCACUUCCUGCAGGAGCCACAGGACGCUUACAUUGUGAAGAACAAGCCUGUGGAGCUGCGCUGUCAUGCCUUCCCUGCCACGCAGAUCUACUUCAAGUGCAAUGGCGAGUGGGUCAGCCAGAAUGACCACAUCACGCAGGAAAGCCUGGACGAAGCCACUGGCCUCCGGGUGCGAGAGGUACAGAUUGAGGUGUCAAGGCAGCAGGUGGAGGAGCUCUUCGGACUGGAGGAUUACUGGUGCCAGUGUGUCGCCUGGAGCUCCGCAGGCACCACCAAGAGUCGUCGGGCCUACGUCCGCAUUGCCUACCUUCGCAAGAACUUUGACCAGGAGCCUCUGGCCAAGGAAGUACCCCUGGAUCACGAGGUCCUCCUGCAGUGCCGCCCACCAGAGGGUGUGCCUGUGGCAGAGGUGGAAUGGCUGAAGAACGAGGAUGUCAUUGAUCCCACCCAGGACACAAACUACCUGCUUACCAUCGACCACAACCUCAUCAUUCGGCAGGCUCGCCUAUCCGACACAGCCAACUAUACCUGUGUGGCCAAAAACAUUGUGGCCAAGCGCCGGAGCACCACAGCCACCGUCAUCGUCUAUGUGAAUGGUGGCUGGUCCAGCUGGGCAGAGUGGUCACCCUGCUCCAACCGCUGUGGCCGUGGCUGGCAGAAGCGCACGCGGACUUGUACCAACCCGGCCCCACUCAAUGGGGGUGCCUUUUGCGAGGGACAGGCCUUCCAGAAGACUGCUUGUACCACCGUGUGUCCAGUGGAUGGUGCGUGGACAGAGUGGAGCAAAUGGUCAGCCUGUAGCACCGAGUGCGCCCACUGGCGCAGCCGCGAGUGCAUGGCACCUCCGCCCCAGAAUGGAGGCCGUGACUGCAGCGGGACACUGCUUGACUCCAAGAACUGCACCGAUGGGCUGUGCACGCAGAAUAAGAGAACUCUAAGCGAUCCUAAAAGCCACCUCCUGGAGGCCUCUGGGGAUGUGGCGCUGUAUGCGGGCAUAGUAGUGGCCGUCUUUGUGGUGGUGGCAGUCCUCAUGGCUGUGGGGGUGGUAAUGUAUCGUCGCAACUGCCGUGACUUUGACAACGACAUCACUGACUCCUCUGCGGCCCUCACUGGUGGCUUCCACCCUAUCAACUUCAAAACUGCCAGGCCUGGUAACCCACAGCUCUUGCACCCAUCUGUGCCUCCCGACCUGACAGCCAGUGCUGGUAUCUACCGGGGGCCUGUGUACGCCCUGCAGGACUCAGCUGACAAGAUCCCCAUGACCACCUCACCCUUGCUGGACCCCCUGCCCAGCCUCAAGAUCAAAGUCUACAACUCGAACACCACCAGCUCAGCACCUGGCCUACCAGAUGGGGCUGACCUGCUGGGCGUCCUGCCGCCAGGCACAUACCCAGGCGAUUUCCCCCGAGACACCCAUUUCCUACACCUGCGCAGUGCCAGCCUCGGCUCCCAGCAGCAUCUGGGUCUGCCCAGAGACCCAGGAAGCAGCGUCAGUGGCACCUUUGGCUGCCUGGGAGGAAGGCUGAGCAUCCCUGGCACAGGGGUCAGCCUGCUGGUGCCCAAUGGAGCCAUUCCCCAGGGCAAAUUCUACGAGAUGUACCUCCUUAUCAACAAGGCAGAAAAUACCCUCCCAAUUUCGGAAGGAACCCAGACAGUAUUGAGCCCCUCGGUGACCUGCGGGCCCACAGGCCUCCUUCUGUGCCGCCCAGUCAUCCUCACCAUGCCCCACUGUGCCGAAGUCCGUGCCGGCGACUGGAUCUUCCAGCUGAAGACCCAGGCCCACCAGGGUCACUGGGAGGAGGUCGUGACCCUGGAUGAGGAGACCCUGAAUACCCCAUGCUACUGCCAGCUGGAAGCCAGGUCCUGCCACAUCCUGCUGGACCAGCUGGGUACCUAUGUGUUCACAGGGGAGUCGUACUCCCGUUCAGCAGUCAAGCGGCUCCAGCUGGCCAUCUUCGCCCCAGCCCUUUGCACCUCCCUGGAGUACAGCCUCAGGGUCUACUGCCUGGAGGACACACCAGUAGCGCUGAAGGAGGUGCUAGAACUGGAGCGGACUCUGGGUGGCUACUUGGUGGAGGAGCCCAAGCCCCUGCUAUUCAAGGACAGUUACCACAACCUGCGCCUCUCCCUUCAUGACCUCCCUCACGCCCACUGGAAGAGCAAGCUGCUGGCCAAGUACCAGGAGAUCCCCUUCUACCACAUCUGGAGUGGCAGCCAGAAGGCCCUGCACUGCACUUUCACCCUAGAGAGGCACAGCCUUGCCUCCACCGAGUUUACCUGCAAGAUCUGCGUGCGGCAGGUGGAAGGGGAAGGCCAGAUAUUCCAGCUGCACACCACACUGGCCGAGACACCCGCCGGCUCCCUGGAUGUCCUCUGCUCUGCCCCUGGCAAUGCUGUCACCACCCAGCUGGGACCCUAUGCCUUCAAGAUCCCUCUGUCCAUCCGCCAGAAGAUCUGCAACAGCCUUGAUGCCCCCAGCUCGCGGGGCAAUGACUGGAGGCUUUUGGCGCAGAAGCUGUCCGUGGACCGGUACCUGAAUUACUUUGCCACCAAAGCAAGCCCCACGGGUGUGAUCCUGGACCUCUGGGAGGCUUUGCAGCAGGAUGAUGGGGACCUCAACAGCCUGGCCUGUGCCUUGGAGGAGAUGGGCAAGAGCGAGAUGCUGGUGGCCAUGGCCACGGAUGGAGACUGUUGAGCAUCUGGAACAGAGGGCUUGGAAGGGGGGAUAGAUAGGAGGUGUGCAGGGAGGCCCAGACAGUCUCCCCAUGGGGAAUCCAGCUCUUCUGUCCACUAGCUGACACUUCCUCCUCCUCCAUCCCUUCCCCCUGCCCCAACCCUCAGACCACAACCAGCCUUAGCAAACCUGUGUGUUCUGUUGUUGAGAGGCCUGCUGUCCCCUGGCUGGCACUGGGGAGGGGCUGGGCCCCUGGAGCCAGGUCUGGACCAGGACUUCCAUGCCUGCUCCUGCCCCUCCCCAUGCCCUACCCUCAUCCCUGCAACUUUGGGGUCCUGGGGAGGGGGUUCUGUGCUCACCCUCUCUUCCUCCAUGCCCCUCCCAACUCCUUCAGCUUUUAUACUCCUUCCCUCUUUGAAGAGUCAAGUUCAAGUCAGGUCAACUGCUUCUCCAGUCUACAAGUGAAAAGGAAGAGGAAGGAAGGAAGAAAGGAAGGAAGGAAGGAAGGAAGGAAGGAAGGAAGGAAGGAAGGAAGGAAGGAAGGAAGGAAGGAAGGAAGGAAGGGAGAGAGCCAGCUUCAGACACUAGUGAGGUUCAGACAACACCAAAACCAUAAGGGAAAAGAAAAACCCAGUUUCUUAGGAAACGCAAAUGAUUUUAUUAUCCAGAUAUUUGGAUAAGUCCUUUUUAAGAAAAAGAAGGAAAAAAAAGAAAAUGAAAAA